GUAAAUUGUAAUUGUGUUCACAAUUCACAUCACUCAUCGCUGUAAUUUGUUGUUUGUGUGAGUUGCGGCUGUCUCAAACGUUAGCCGCUUUUCAUUUUUGCGUACAUUGUUUUUGUGUUUAUUAUUUCAUAUUCGUUUAUCGUGUCUUUUUGCGUCCUCUGCGUGUCAUACAAUCAAUCGUCGUUGACCCACAGUUAUAUAAAUUUAUCAAUCAAUAUAGUCGUCGGGUGUCUACUACCUCAACCGGUGCAACCGAUAAUUGAUUAUUAUCAUCGUUAAUUUCUCGUCGCUAAAAGCAAUAAUCUCAUGAUGAAAAGUAAGGAAGUUGUAGCGGGUGACUCAGAAAAUGAAUUUGAAGUAGAUGAACCUGAAGAAGUGGGAGACCAUUCGGAUGACGAAUGGGCUCCAACAGCUGCUGCCAAAACUCCUGGUAAACGAGGACGACCAGCCAAAAGUACACCUGCUAGUAGAAAGAAGAAACAGAAGGUUUCUGAUGAUGAAGAUGAAGAAGAAAUACUACCUAAAAAAGAAAGAGGAUCAAAAUCUAAAACUCCUGCACCUACACCGACAUCAGCUAGAGGUCGAGGAAGAGCAGCUAAAUUAAAAGUGGAGCCUGAAGAAGAGCCAGAAGAUGAUGAAGAAUUUGAAGAAGAUGAAGAUAUUGACGACGAUGAAGAGGAAGAAGAGGAAGAGGAAGAGGAAGAUGAUGAAGAUGUAGAAGAAGAGGAAGAAGAGCUUAACCAAGGACCAAAUGCAAAGCCAGCUAAAAAGUUCACUUCAGGAGCAUUUGUCGUACUCAAGACUGAUAUGAUUGGUAAAGGUAACCCUCCUGUAUGGAAAAUUGAUGGAAAGGCAUUGUUACAAAAAUAUAUUCCUUUCAAGCAGGAUGGUAAAGUAUUAUACAAAAAUACUUCCGUUUAUUCUGGUUGGGGUUCCAAUGUUAAAGAGCAGUACUACUCUGCACCUAUAUCAUUUAUACAGCAAACGCGUAAAGAACACAUCAUAGAAUUUUAUAAAGAUAAAAUAAAGAAAGAUCCUAAAGUUGAAGAGGCUGCCAAGAAAGAAUUAGAAGAGGAAGAAGCCGAGUUAGCAGGCGAUGAUGAUGAAAAGGAGGAACAAGAUGAAGCGUAAUUUUUACAUUAAACCGAAUAAGUAUGACUGUUCACAUCAAAUUUGUGUUUUAAUAUUUUUUUCUGUAUAAUUAGUAUCAGCUUUUCAAUUGUAUGUUGACCAUGAUAAUUUGUAUUAUAUUAUUUGUUUAUUUUGAAAUCCAAUUAGCAAUAAUAAUAAUUUGUAAAAUUAUUUUAA